ACGAAAACCGAGACGGCCGUCAGGUGCACUAUGUUUUUGGCGAUCAGCUACCUCUGCUGUGGCAUCAACGGACAGUGUAUACACACGGCACCGGGACUGCGUACCGGUGCGAGUGUGACGCCUGGUACAGGCUGGAUCACAGUAGGGCGCGUGCGUAGAUGUGAACGAGUGUGAAAAUGGGAUGUGUCGUAACGGACAGUGCAUCAAUACUCCCGGCAGCUUCUUCUGUAUAUGCGACCAUGGCUUCAGUCUCUCUAGCGAUCGAACGUCCUGCGAGGACACAAAUGAAUGCGCGAGAGACGGCAUGUGUGCGAACGGACAUUGCAUCAACAUGGACGGAACCUACCACUGCGAAUGCAACCCAGGAUUUAUCUCCUCAACCAACCCACAGAUCUGCGUUGACAUAGACGAGUGCAGGGAAAACGGACGCGUCUGUCAGAAUGGCCACUGUGUCAACACGCAGGGCUCCUACCACUGCUCGUGUAGCCCCGGUUACCAGCUGUCUCCCGACGGCGCGUUCUGCCUCGAUGACAACGAAUGUCAGAAGACAGGUAUGUGCACGAACGGCAUGUGUGUUAACAUGGAUGGCUCGUACAAGUGUGUCUGUGACACCGGAUUCGCUCUCUCACCCGACGGUUCUGUCUGCAUCGAUGUGAACGAAUGCGCAAGUUCUUCCAGUACAUGCGUCAAUGGAGAGUGCAUCAACAACCAAGGGAGUUAUCGCUGCAAGUGCAUGGAUGGCAUGGUGCUAGGAAAAGAUGGCAAGACAUGCAUGGACACGCGGCGAGGGUACUGCUACUCGAAAAUUGAGCACGGUCGCUGUGGCAACCCAUCGCGUCACAUCACCACCAAGUCAGAAUGCUGCUGCAGUGGUGCCAGCAGCACUAGUCUACCCGGUAGCUCCACCUGUGAGGUUACCACCGGCGGCGGCAGAGCUCAGACUGUCACCAGCAGCAGUAUGGUCGGUUGGGGUAGCCCCUGUCAGGAGUGCCCGCACGCCGGGUCGGCCGACUACGAACAUCUAUGUCCUAAUGGACCAGGAACGGACCAUAACGGCAAUGACAUCAACGAAUGCUCGGUUAACCCUAACAUCUGCCCCAACGGCGACUGUGAGAACAUACAGGGCUCCUAUCGCUGCAUCUGUGCGACGGGCUACAAGCUCGACACGUCGGGCAAGUGCUGCGUGGAUGUCGACGACUGCCGCGAGAACCCACUACUGUGUGACAACGGUCAGUGUAAAGAACACUACCGGUAGGCUACAAUGCAACAGUGUCCUAGCG